AGAGUUAAGAAGCAGAAGAAGAAGAAUGUUUAGGAACUUUUGAUCGCAACUUGCAGAAAAAAACCGCUUUUUAAAACCAAUGGCUCUCUGAUCCCGUUCAGCGCGACGAUGGAGUACUUUCAAACAAUCUGCAGAAUUUGCGAAUCUCAGGACAAUUUGUGCGAUUUGACAAACAAGCUGAACGAAAAUGUGGCAGCAAAGUUGUCCUCGCUGACCACGAUCCGGAUUCAGCAAGACGAUACCCUGCCCCGUUGCAUUUGUAUGGAGUGUGUCGGUACACUCAAUCUAAGUUAUGAUUUUCUGCUUCGUUGUGAGGCAGCUGAGCAGAAACUUCAGGAGGAAAUUCAGGAGCUGCUGAAAGCGGAAGUUUCAGUAGACACGGGCGAGCAAAAGCCGUUGAUUGAAACCAUCGAGUUCUUAGUGGGUGAAAAUGUAGACAUAGAAGACCUUGUUGGCAGGAGCAGUCCCGACCAGCAGGAGCUUGAUGUUUUGAAGGUAGAGAACCAUGUCGAGCUGGCUGAAACGGAGCAGUUAUUCAAAGCGCAAUCGGAAGGUUUUGCAAUUGAAGAGAUUCUGGAAGAAGAGGAUGACAUAAAUAUGGUUGAGGGUGAGUUGAUAGAUAACGGCGAAGCCACCGAUGUUAUUUGCCAAGAUCAGGAACACACUAGGAAUUUCAUUCCAAUGCAAACCACGUCCAUGGACGGAACCAAAAAGUUCUUUUGCGAAACGUGUGGUAAAGGGUUCGAAAAAUGUACCGAUUUGUAUAAACACAACAAGGAUCACGGAAAGGAACGUUUCCAGUGUAAGCAGUGUGAUCGCUGGUUUUCCCGGAGAGCACACCUGCAAAGUCAUGAAGUAAUACAUACCGGGGAGCGAAAUUAUGCUUGUCAAAGUUGUACGAAUUCCUACACGAGCAGCCGUAAUCUUCGACGGCACGUCAAAAGUGCCCAUCUAGGGGAGAAGCCGUUUGUUUGCGAUCUGUGCGGGAAGGAGUUUUCGCAAAAGACUAUUCUGGAAGCUCACCAUAGCACUCAUGUACAGGAGAAAAACUAUUGCUGCCCAGUAUGUGCGAAGCGUUUUAAGUCAGGCAAGUUGCUCAAACUUCACGAAACGAGACAUACCCGCAGUGUGCAAGUGAAGACAAGCGUCGAUGCGGUUGAAUGUGAUGUUUGUCACAAGGUGUACUCGAGCAAGAUUUCACUGCGAAGCCACAAGCAGAUGCAUUCUGAUGCAAAAAUUCUGUGCACCUUCUGCGGCAAGAGUUUCAAGGUGAGAGCACAUUUAAAAGUCCACCUGCGUAGUCACACCAAAGAGCAACCGUACGAGUGUGGAGUUUGCCAUAAGAAGUUUGGCUAUGAGACCUCUCUCCGGACGCACCGGUUGAUCCACUCGGGUGAACGGCCGUACAAGUGCGAUAUGUGUGAACUGUCCUUCAAGCAGGUGAACCAUCUGAAGGCGCACAAGUUCUUGCACAGCGGACAGAAACCGUUCGAGUGUCUGGUGUGUCGCAAAUCGUUCGCACUACGGGGCAAUCUGACCAUCCACAUGCGGAUUCACGACGAGCAGGCGUGCAGUCCGUUUCAGUGCUACCUCUGCGAGGGGAAGAAAUUGAACGAUUCCAAUGCACUGAAACGGCACCUGAAAGCCCAUCCUUUGGCCAAGGUAGUUAAGAUGGGUACGCUGACGGUGAUUUUAGAUGCGGAACAGGAGCUAAAGACUGAGGAAAGUACGGAGGCUGAACAGUUGGUGCUGGAAGCUGGACAAGACGAGGACAGCCAGAGUUGAUAGAACUUCGAUGUUACUUUAUCAUAGAAUAAAAUUGCAUUUACUUUUGGUACUUAUUAGUGCUCUCUUCUAAAGUUUUGUACUGGAAAAGUAGUUAAAAAGACAUUUUGAUUAUAUAAUAAAAAUGGUACGUAGAAUACAAUUGUCGUUAAAUUA